UUUGGAACAGAUGAGUCAGAUGGAGACUGAUAUGAGGACUGCCAAGUUAGCUCCAUAAAAAAGGCAUUUUAGGGCAAAACGUCAAAGGUUAUUUUCUUUAGAAAAAUUAAACUUCAACAAAAUCGAUAAUCAGUGAUGCCACGUCCUGGGAAGAACUCUUACAGCGACCAGAAGCCGCCAUACUCCUACAUAUCACUGACAGCGAUGGCGAUCCAGAACUCAGCCGAGAAGAUGUUGCCUCUGAGUGACAUUUACAAGUUCAUCAUGGAUCGUUUUCCAUAUUAUCGAGAGAACACCCAGAGGUGGCAGAACUCCCUCCGGCACAACCUCUCAUUUAAUGACUGCUUCAUCAAGAUCCCUCGGCGGCCUGAUCAGCCCGGCAAAGGCAGCUUCUGGGCUCUGCACCCGGACUGUGGUGACAUGUUUGAGAAUGGCAGUUUCCUGAGGAGACGGAAGCGCUUCAAAGUUCUCCGCGCCGAGCAUAUGACCUGCAAGAGCUCGCCGAUGAUGCAUUACUUUCACCAUCAUCACCAUCACCACCCUGGCGGCAAGCUGGGCGCAGCAUCCGGCCACCACGACCACCCGGCCGCUCCUGCGGGCGUGGGGCGGCUCCCCCACUUUCAGGGCUACGGGGGCAUCGCGUGCGCACAGCCCGGUGGCUUUAAGCAUCCGUUCGCCAUCGAGAACAUUAUUGGACGGGACUACAAGGGCGUCGUGGCCAGCGGGCUUCCCAUCACCUCCGUGAUGCACCACCUGGGUUACCCGGUGCCCCCGCAGCUGAGCAGCGUGGUCAACUCCAUGUGGCCGCACGUCGGCAUGCUGUCUGAGUCCAUGGGAGGCGUGCCCGUGCCAACCUCGUCCGAGUACGCGCCCUUCAGCGUGUCGGCUAAAGGCCUGUACCACAACGCCACCGGGCCAACCCUGCCCGCCGUUCCCGUGCCGAUAAAGCCCACCCCGUCCCUGGGGCCCGUGCCGGGCUUGACGGGGCUGCAGCCCGCCCAGGCGCAGCUCUGCACGCCGGCCUCAGCCAUGGAGAAAAACGAGCUGCUGGAGGGGAAAGGCAACCCUCUCCACCCGGCCCUCCUGCUGUCCUAACCGGGUAAAUCGCGGGGUUUUCUUUCACA